AGUACCACAAAAGGUGUUGCUUUGGCAGACUGAAGGGGGAGUUUACUGUGGUUCGAUCUUCUAUGGCAAGCACUCAAUUGUAAUGAGCUCGGGAGAAACCUCCCUGCCGUUGUUGCUAGAAAGCAGCAGCAGCCCUUGGGCUUUGUCUGCCGUGGGCUACAUUUGGGGUUGCUUACCAAUGAAUUUUGGGUUCACGUACUGCUACUGCCUGGGGUUAACUGGUGCUGUUGUCCUUUUUCUUUACUUGGGAUCCGGACCUGCUUGGGAAUAUGCUGCUGAAGACUGAUCGGGUGCCGUUGGCUACAUGGUUUUAGAUCGCUUUUAUUUUUAGAUAGGGUGAUUGCAGUGUGUACUUUGGAAGGAAAGGAAUAUUAAAAAGACAGCAUGGCUGAAAUUCGAAUAUAGAAGUCAGAGGCCAGGAAGCGGCGGAUAUCUUCACGUUCUCCAUUCAUUUCAUUGUUGUGGCAUGCUUUGCUGCUGUUUCGCUCUACUAGUAACAACGAUGCAGUGACUUCUUUUUGCAUUUACCGGGUUUAGAUAAAGCAGUUUAAAUUAUUUUUACGUUUGAUUUAUGACAGAUUGAAAGGAGCUUGAAAUAUGUCAACACCGAUCAGGUUUAAAAAGGAUAAAGAAAUAAUAGCCGAGUAUGAAACUCAGGUUAAAGAGAUUCGUGCUCAGCUGGUUGAACAGCAUAAAUGCCUGGAGCAGCAGACGGAUAUGAGGGUACAGCUUCUCCAGGAUUUACAGGAUUUCUUUCGCAAAAAAGCCGAAAUUGAAAUGGAAUAUUCUCGCAGCUUGGAGAAACUGGCAGAAAGGUUCAUGGCCAAAACCAGAAGUACGAAGGAUCACCAGCAGUACAAGAAAGAUCAAAAUCUACUGUCACCAGUGAACUGCUGGUAUUUACUGCUGAACCAAGUUAGAAGAGAAAGCAAAGAUCAUGCCACACUAAGUGACAUCUAUUUGAACAAUGUCAUCAUGCGUUUUAUGCAGAUUACCGAAGACUCUACGAGGCUGUUCAAAAAGAGCAAAGAGAUUGCAUUCCAGCUACAUGAGGAUUUAAUGAAGGUUCUCAAUGAGCUGUAUACGGUAAUGAAAACAUACCACAUGUACCGUACGGAAAGUAUUAAUGCUGAGAGCAAGUUAAAAGAGGCAGAGAAGCAGGAAGAAAAGCAGAUUGGAAGAACAGGUGACCCAGUCUUCAAUAUUCGGUUAGAAGACCGACCUCCGAGACGCAGUUCUGUGAAAAAAAUUGAGAAAAUGAAAGAAAAGCGCCAAGCAAAAUACUCUGAAAACAAGCUGAAGUCCAUUAAAGCACGAAAUGAAUACCUUCUCACCCUUGAGGCAACAAACGCUUCGGUUUUCAAGUACUACAUUCAUGAUCUUUCUGACUUAAUUGAUUGCUGCGAUCUUGGAUACCAUGCAAGUUUAAACAGAGCUCUUAGGACGUAUCUCUCAGCAGAGUAUAAUUUGGAAACAUCUAGGCAUGAAGGACUGGAUAUUAUUGAAAAUGCUGUGGACAACCUGGAACCCCGAAGUGACAAACAGCGGUUCAUGGAAAUGUACCCAAUUUCCUUCUGCCCUCCAAUGAAGUUUGAGUUCCAGCCGCAUUUGGGAGAUGAAGUCUGUCAGAUCAAUGCCCAGCAGCCAGUGCAUGGAGAACUGAUGCUAAGAUACCAGCAGUUACAGUCAAGACUGGCCACGCUCAGAAUAGAGAAUGAAGAGAUUAAGAAAACCACAGAAGCCACUCUGCAAACAAUACAAGAUAUGGUGACCAUUGAAGACUAUGAUGUAUCAGAGUGCUUCCAGCAUAGCCGCUCUACAGAGUCUGUGAAAUCUACUGUCUCUGAGACAUACUUAAGCAAGCCCAGCAUUGCUAAAAGGCGAGCCAACCAGCAAGAGACAGAGCAAUUCUAUUUCAUGAAAUUCAGAGAGCUUCUGGAAGGCAGCAAUCUCAUCACCAAAUUACAAGCUAAACGCGACUUGCUGCAGAAAGCACUCGGAGAGGGCCAUAAAACAGAAUACUUGACCACCAGCCGAGGCCGAAGGAACUCUCAUGCAAGGCACCAGGAAUCAGGAAAAAUCAUCCCCCUUGUGGUUGAGAGCUGUAUCAGGUUUAUUAACCUUUAUGGGCUUCAGCACCAGGGGAUUUUUAGAGUAUCUGGUUCUCAGGUGGAAGUUAAUGACAUCAAAAAUGCAUUUGAGAGAGGGGAAGAUCCACUGACGGAUGAUGAAAAUAACCAUGACAUUAACUCCGUUGCUGGUGUACUGAAGAUGUAUUUCAGAGGGCUGGACAAUCCACUCUUUCCUAAGGAAAGAUUUAAUGAUCUCAUUUCUUGUGUCAGAAUAGAUAAUCUCUGUGAGAGAGCACUACACAUUCGCAAAAUUAUUCUGACAUUACCUAGGUCUAUUCUUAUCGUGAUGAGAUACCUUUUUGCCUUCCUCAGUCACUUAUCACAGUAUAGUGAUGAGAAUAUGAUGGAUCCCUACAACCUGGCAAUUUGCUUUGGUCCCACAUUGAUGCCAGUACCAGAUAUCCAGGAUCAGGUCUCCUGCCAGUCGCAUGUAAAUGAGAUCAUCAAAACCAUUAUCAUUCAUCAUGAAACCAUUUUCCCAGAUGCUAAGGAACUGGAAGGUCCAGUAUAUGAGAAGUGUAUGGCUGGGGAUAACUACUGUGACAGUCCGUAUAGUGAACAUGGUGCAUUGGAAGAAGUAGACCAAGAUGGUGGCACAGAACCCCACACUAGUGAAGAUGAAUGGGAACCAGUGGAAGCUAUAGCCAAAUUUGAUUACACUGGACGUUCUGGACGUGAGCUGUCAUUUAAAAAAGGAGCUUCCUUACUUUUGUAUCAACGUGCUUCAGACGACUGGUGGGAAGGAAGGCACAAUGGAAUCGAUGGUCUUAUACCCCAUCAGUACAUAGUAGUACAGGAUGCGGAUGAUACUUUCUCCGAUAAUUUAAGCCAAAAAGCUGACAGUGAAACCAGCAGUGGACCCAUGACUGAAGAUAAAUCUUCCACCAAGGAUAUUAACUCUCCCACAGACAGGCACCCCGAAGUGUUUUUGGCAAAGCAAAGGAGAAGAACAGAGCCUCAGUCUAUAAGACGCCCAGUCAGGACCAGUGACGGCCACUGUGCAGUACAUUCUGCCCACAGUCUAGCAAACAUGACAGUAGAAACAACUUCUCACAAUAUGGCCAGCCACUGUAGCCCUCGUGCUGUGCUUCAGAAUAGGAACAUUAAUAUUGACAGUCCAGAGAGGAGACGUCGAACAGGUCAUGGAAGCCUCACCAAUAUCAGCCGGCAUGAAUCACUUAAAAAAAUUGAUAGCCCUCCAAUUAGAAGAUCGACAUCAUCAAGUCAAUACAUGGGAUUCAGUGACCGGAAACCUCUGGAUCCAGAGACUAUUGCACAGGAUAUUGAAGAAACAAUGAACACCGCACUGAAUGAACUUCGAGAACUGGAGCUGCAGAGCACUGCAAAACAUGCCCCUGAUGUCGUACUUGAUACCUUAGAACCAAUGAAGCACUCCCCAUCUCCUGCUUCGUCAACAGAAUCUUUAAGUCAGGCCCAUAAUGUUAUGUUGAGGACCACAGAGCCUCCAAUGAGACGUAGCACCAGCUCAUCCAGCGAUACAAUGAGCACCUUCAAACCAGUGGUGGCACCAAGAAUGGGAGUGCAGCUGAAACCCCCUGCCCUUCGACCUAAACCUAUUGUUCUUCCAAAAACAAACCCAAAUUUGGGGCCUCCCCCACCUUCUCAAGGUUCAGCAGACAAAUCUUGUACAAUGUAAAGCCAAAUUACCCAAAAAGGGUACCUUUGAAAGCCUGACUGUUGAUGCAUUGCUGAUUGAGAAAAGGCACAUUGAAAACUCAUUAAUAAUUAUAUGCAUAACUGGAGAUGUACACUUUUCAGUGUUUGGAAUGUACACAGUAUAAUGGCAUUAACGAGGGCAUUUGAAUUUCGUUUAAAACUGGACUAUUUUAUGUGCUAUUUACAAUAGGUUACAUAGAAGUACUUGAAGAUUUUAUGCUGCAUUAUUUUUACUGAGUGCAACACAGAAACUAAGGCUUCCCUGCCUGUAAAAUAUUUCACUGAAGUAGUUUACAUUGUAGAGAGACCCUGUGCAAAGGUGACGAAGUUAACAUUUCAUACAGGUUUACAACUCACUAAGAAUCAGGGAUCUGUAGGAUAUUGCAGUGUUUGUGGUUUUGGGGAAGCAACCUCAUUUGAGGUUGGCAUUGUCAUUAGAAUAUAAUUUUUUUUAAACUCAACAUUCCUUAGGCCUUACUGCCAAUUUUGGAAAAUGUAGCUUCAUAACAUGAUCUAAAUUGUAAUAACCACUGUACCAACUUGCUGUCCUUACUGGUUACUCCACAUAGGCUAUGUCAAGGGAUAUAGUUUGUUUGCUCAGGAUCUCUCCUCAGUACACAGCUUAAUUUGAAGUAGUAAAAUUUUAUUUGUCCCUGAUGGCUUUAUGUCCCACAUUACUGCCUGCUUUCAUUAUUAAAUGUGUUGUUUCUGAAAGCCCCUUUCACAGGGAAAAUUCCAUCCUUUGUCAUUAUGAGCACAGCUGUAUGUAUAUAUAUAUGUAUGUGCAUGUGUGUCUGUAUGUGUUUAUAUACACACACACACACACACACACA